AGGUUUUGGUUGUCAAUGAACCUGAAGAUAUUUUUACCGGGUGUUACGCUGGUGGCAAGAUUGUUACCACCAUGGCUUCGGUUUACCAUGGGUCAGAUGCACAUUUAGCAACUGUUCUUGCACAUGAGGUUGGGCAUAUUGUGGCUAGACACCAUGCUGAAAAAGAAACAAGGAGCACAUGGGUUUAUUUUAUACAUGAUAUGCUUAAUCGAUUUGUUACGAUUGAUUUUGCCCAAAGAGUGCUUCCACUUGUCCCACUACUACCCUUCAACCGACGGCUUGAAAUGGAAGCUGAUUACAUUGGACUUCUACUAAUGGCAGCAGCUGGCUAUGAUCCUCGGUGUGCACCUAUAAUAUAUGACGAAUUUGACAAAUAUGAAGAGUUAAAAGAGUCACGCAAUAAAUUUAAGCUCGGAGGUUUCCUUAGUUCCCAUCCACCAGGGAGAAAAAGAGCCCAAGCAUUGGAUCGACCUAGGAUAAUGGAAGAAGCUCUUGUUUUAUAUAAUAAUGUAAAAGCGAAGCGAGGGGAUGAAUCAUAAUAUGCUCUUGAAAUUCCCAUGCAAGUCAGCUUACUUUAUUUUCAAAUCCUUUGAGUUUCAAAUGUAGUCGAGUCGAGGUAUUUGUGACCUGCACUAAAAACUCUACUAUUGACAUAGUUUUUGCUUGUAUAUGUUUAUUUUAUCUGGUAUGGAUAUUUGCUUCCACAAUUUCGAAUCGACAAAAUAGCACAAUGCGCAAACAACUUAUUAAUUCUUAAAACCUUAUC